AGGCUAAGAUAAGCACCACCAUCCAAACAAGACUCGAGACAGAUAACUCUUAUUGCUAUCAGUAUACUUUAUUUAGAGAAUCGUAAUUCGCAAUUCAUUAAUUCAAGUACGCAACGUUUUUAAGAGUUAGAAAGUCUCUCCAUUCUAAAAGUAGCUCAUCUAUCUUACGGUGCCUUCCUGCCUGACGGUUAUUGAAGACAAAUCUAUUGCGGUUAUAUUGAAAAACAGACUGGCGAUUAGCUUUUAUUAUCUCCAUUACUUUCAUUCUGUCUUCGAGGGUGAUUUGGAAAAAAAACGGGUUUAAAAUGCCAUGCUUACUCUGGUGCUAGAUCCUACACUGCCUUUUUCACACAGGAAACAACUGCUUCCGAUGCUAUACAUCUCUGUGGCAGUCCAUGUCUUCAUUUAUAUGCUAGAAAGACUCAACGAAUGCCCGUUCGAAGUGCCAUACGGAGUCGAACCCCCUUUGGACUACAGCUGAAGAUGUAUUCAGUUACAAGUUGGCCUCAGUCUUGAGUCGUACAAGUCGCUGCUGAUAUGCGGGCUACAAGACGGAUUCAAACAGUGGUUUUGAUGUUUUCGUUACUCCUCUUUAAACAAAAUAUAGCGGGAGAAAUACGAAAACACAGUAUGAAUGAGAGCGAAAUGACAAGCUUAUUGGAUAACCUUAUCCAAGGAUACGACCCAAGACUACGUCCGGACUUUGGAGGUGAUCCGGUGACGGUGACAGUGGGCUUUUGGGUGUUGUCCAUAGACGCUAUUAAUGUUAUUGAUAUGGAUUACCGCAUGGAUUUCUUCCUGAGGCAGUUGUGGAGAGACCCUCGCUUGAAGCACCGGUUCAAUGAUACUCUUGCGCUGAGUAACACCAUGCUGGACAAGAUCUGGGUUCCAGACACCUACUUUGUGAAUUCAAAAAUGUCUAAAUUCCACAGCGUGACCACAAUAAAUAAGAUGCUCUCUAUAUCACCCGAUGGCUUAGUUCACUAUAACUCAAGAGUAACCGUCAAGGCGAGCUGUGCGAUGAAUCUACGCAUGUUCCCAAAGGACGUUCAGAACUGUAACAUUGACAUCGAGAGUUACGGGUACAGCGCCGAUAAUGUACAGUAUCAGUGGGAAAACCGAAGCGAUAACGGUAUAGCUGUGAACAAGAAGAUUCGAGAUAUGCCCCAGUACAAUCUAUCAGAUAUCAACGUGUCCCGUCACUUCACUAUGUAUGUAGCAGGUAACUGGUCUGGGCUGACAGCGACCUUCAGGUUCCGUCGGCGGUCAGGAUACUUCAUCAUUCAUAUUUACGCUCCAUGCGCACUCAUAGUUAUUCUCUCCUGGAUAUCAUUUUGCAUACCUCCCGAGUCCACUGCAGCUAGGAUAGCCUUAGGAAUCACCUCUGUGUUGACGAUCACCACGAUUCUCAACAUGCUCAACAACUCCAUGCCUAAGGUGUCUUAUGUGAAAGCAGUGGACUGGUAUCUGAUCGGCUGUUUUCUCUUUGUUUUCGCGGUACUCCUAGAGUAUACUUUUGUACUUUACAUCGACAACGUACAUAACAAGAAAAGAAAGGGACACAAACACGUUCCGCGUGAUUCACAAGCGGAAGAGGUGACGGAGUAUAAGAAAGACUUGGUGAACUACUCCUCCGAGAGUGUCAAACAUAGAAGUCCCGCGCACGCCAUGAAUGGGAGUAUUCCAAAUGGAUAUAGUCCAGCUGUGUUUUCAGAGCACGGGAAAAAGUACGGGCACAAUUGCCAUCACGCGCAUCACGACUCCGUACUUAAAAGGGAGAAGCAUGAAAGUUCCUACGAACAAUUGGGCGGAUGCAGACCAAGGCUAAAAUUCCCUGCAGUCAUAGACACUGAAUGUAUCGAUGAAUUUGCUAGAGUUCUUUUUCCUUUUAUAUUUAUUGCAUUCAAUGUUAUCUAUUUCAUUGUAUUCUUUUUCAUCGACUGGGAGGAGAAGACUUAGAGUACAAUAUAUAAUUAGCUAGGCGUGGCUUUGUCAUGUGACCCCUGGGACAUCAGGGGUGGCGUCAAUGCUAUGGCACAUUUGCAUGGAAGAAUUGCAAGCUUUUAUUGCAAAAGGAAAUGCAGUGACGAUGGAAGCAACGCUUCCAGACAGACGGACCUGUGGUUGUGAAGGCGUAGCUACUCACAUGCCAGAGACGGGUGUUUAGUGGUAAGAAUGUACUAACCGCUUAACCCGUAUGGGAAAUGGGACUGGGAAUGCUCACUGCAAACGGCAGUAAAUAAAUGCAAGUUGUGUUAGUACAGACGUACGAGAAGCAAAAAAAGAGCGGCUUAUCUGGGAUUAUUGUUGUCGUUUUAAAACGGUAUGGCUAUCAGCUUCAAGUAUACAUUGCUGCAUGGUGGCUGUCUUCAGUAAUUCCCGUCACAGGACUAACACCUGCCCAGAUAUUAAUGAGCAGUGAAUUAUUUAUAUGUGGUACGUGUUAUUCACUGAAUCUGAAGGUCUACGUUAGACUGUUUUGCAAGUGUUUUCGAAGAGAGGGGUCACACAACAGGGCCGUAGCAGAGGGUGGGGCACUGGGGGCAUGUGCCCCCCCCCAAUAUUUUCAAAACUUAUAAGGGGAUGACCAGUAGGGGCGUGGCUGUGCCCCCCAAUAUUUUCUGUGCCCCCCCCCCCCCCCCCACGUAAUCAUACGUGGCCUGCUACGGCUCUGUACAACAAGGAAAUUAUAAUCGUCGCAAGUAACAAAGUUGAGUACCGUGGAAACGGUACUUGCGGGAGUUGCGCUACGAGAUCACGUGACCUUUCUGGGUGGCAAAUUUAAAACAAAAAAAUCAAACAAACAAAAAACGAAAUAACGCGCCCGUCACACCUGAGAAGGACGAAAACAAUAUAAUAUUUAAAUGAAACUUAACCCUUAAUGAAAAAAGAAUUCUUGCUUUUUUUCGUAAGCGCUGAAUAAGUUGCUCUUUGUUGCUGUUAUUUCGCCGCUAAAAGGCUGAGCGCACACUAGUUUGACACCCAAAGAGUCACGUGAUCGCUUAGCGCAAGUCCCCUAUUACGAGUGGAAACGGUAACGUAAGAAUGUCAAGCCAUGUGAUGAAUUACGAGUGUGGAGUUGCAUGAAGUAAUUAUUUAAAGGGGCAGCGACAUGGUACUGCGCAUGUCUGGAGUCAGUGUUUAUCGUAGGCUUUUAGUUGUCUAUAAACAGUUGAACUUUUAGCUUCAAUGCCUUGUUGAGAUAAUAUGCAAUAUUUUAUUGGAAAGCCAUUUCCUUUGAAUUGUACCAAAGGCUCAAUAUUAGAGGCUCAAUAUUAGUCAAUAUUAGAAUUUGACUGAAUUUCAUUGUGUCCGGGCCGGAGGGUUAUUGCAAAUCUGUUACCAUGACACUGCCCCUUUAGUAUUUGGAGAGACAAAAUUAGACAAUUUUAAUGACUAUGACAAGUAUUUCAAGUGUUUUUUUUUUGCUAGCAAUGUAAAAAAACAUUUGAAAGCAUAAAAGGGCUACUUAAUUAGGACAAAAUGUACAUUAUUUUCCAAAGGAAUUUGAGGUCAUUUAUAAUAAAAACAAACGGAUACUGCG